GCGGUAUGGGGAAGGAGGGAGCUGUCAUAGGCGGAGCCGGGUCGGUGCAGCGGCCGGCGAUGUGAGCGGCCUGUCCUGUGUGAUCACCGGAGACAGCUGGGAGGGGGGUCAAAGCGGUUGGGUACCGGAGGAAGGCCGCUCCUGGCUGGAGAGGCCCCGGGGGUGACAGGCUGGACAUGCCGAGGGUGACUGGAUAUGGAAUACAAUGACAAGCUGGCCAGGUUCCGCCAGGGUCAUCUCAACCCUUUCAAUAAAGCCAGAGAAGAGGAGUCCUGUGAGGACGGAGAGCCGGUGCCUUCAAAAGAUUUCCUGCCAAGAUUCCCUCCUCGUCCUGAACCCGAAUUCCGCAACGCAGACAGAGUGAUGGAUCUGGGGGUCUCAGAGGACCACUUUUCCCGGCCAGUGGGCCUUUUCCUGGCAUCGGAUAUCCAGCAGCUGAGACAGGCGAUAGAGGAGUGUAAGCAGGUGAUCCUGGAGCUGCCCGAGCAUUCGGACAAGCAGAAGGACGCAGUGGUCAGACUCAUCCAUCUCCGACUUAAGCUGCAGGAGCUGAAAGACCCCCAUGAAGAGGAACCCAACAUGCGAAUCAUAUUGGAACACCGAUUCUACAAAGAGAAGAGCAAGAGUGUGAAGCAGAUGUGUGAUAAAUGCAACACCUUCAUCUGGGGCCUCAUCCAGACCUGGUACACCUGCACAGGUUGCUACUAUCGUUGCCAUAGCAAAUGUCUUAAUCUCAUCACUAAGCCCUGCGUGAGGUCAAAGGUCAGUCACCAGGCCGAGUAUGAGUUGACCAUUUGUCCUGAAGAUGGACUAGAUAGCCAGGAUUAUCGCUGUGCAGAGUGCCGAGCGCCAAUCUCUUUACGAGUAUCAUCCAGCGAGGCUCGUCAGUGCGAUUACACUGGACAGUACUACUGCAGCAAUUGCCACUGGAACGACCUUGCCGUCAUUCCGGCCCGCGUUAUCCACAACUGGGACUUUGAGCCGAGGAAGGUGUCGAGGUGCAGUAUGCGGUACCUCGCUCUCAUGUUAAACCGGCCGGUGCUGAAGCUGCGGGAAACUAACCCUUUACUUUUUAACUACGUGGAGGAGCUGGUGGAGAUCCGGAAAUUGCGCCAGGAUAUCCUGCUCAUGAAGCCCUACUUUAUCACUUGCAAGGAAGCCAUGGAGGCUCGGCUGCUGCUACAGCUACAAGAACGACAGCACUUUGUGGAGAACGAUGACAUGUACUCUUUGCAGGAUCUCCUGGAUGUCAGCAGCGGGCGGCUCGGCUGCUCUCUGACCGACAUACACACUAUGUUUGCAAAGCACAUCAAGCUGGACUGCGAGCGCUGUCAGGCCAAGGGCUUCGUAUGUGAGCUGUGUAAGGAGGGGGACAUUCUGUUCCCGUUCGAUAGCCACACAUCUGUGUGCCAGGACUGCGCUGCUGUGUUCCAUAGAGACUGCUAUUAUGACAACUCCACCAGCUGUCCACGGUGCUCGAGGCUAAACCUUCGCAAACAGGCACAGGAGCUGGGACAAGCGCAGCAGCAUUAAGCUAGGUCCAAGCCCUAGGACAUUGUUUGGUGGAGGCAAUACCUUGAUGUACAUCACUGGCUGGAAGCUUUUCAACACCAUGGAGAAUAACCCAAGCGCCUCCUAUUUGGGUGACCUAUGAUACAUUCCAGACUAAGGCACUUUGGUCACCUCCCUUAUCGAUCUAACACUACUCCUCAGAGACCCCACAGGGCUCCUUUUACAGUCAUACAAAACUACAGUUAGUUCCUGCUGUUGUACAUGUACGUCUUCAGAGGUGCCUUAUUGCCACAACACAGGUGGCAAUCCAGUAGCAGAAUUUGUCUGUUCUGAGGGCAAAUACAAGACUUUCUCCUUCCUUUCCUCUUCUGGCCCCUGUUGUGGGCUGUGGUUAGAGGUUCUUUCCUACACUGCCAAGG